GUGACGCCUACUGGUCGGAACCCACUGCACGGGGCGGUCCGGCUGCAUGAGAAAACAGCCACGAGACAGCACCCGCAUCACAACUUUCAUAUUUGGUUUUGCUGACCCACCAAACGCAUCAAAACGAGGAGUUAAACAAUGACCUCCGAAAUCGGUGCAGAUCUGGAGGCAGAACUUGGAGAAUUGCUCCAAGAAUUUCAAGACGUGGUGGAGGAGCUGCGGGAGUCUACUCAGGCUGCGCCGAACGUGUACCUGCAGCAUCUGGUGCAAGCGAAGAGACGCGCCGGCGUGAACGACGCAGUCAGCGACAGCGGGAUCGACUCGGACCAAAGUAGGGAACAGUCACCUGGAAGCAGCUUGAAUACCAGUGAGGAGGAGCUGAGCACUGCAGGCGUGAACGUGACUCAGAGAGCGAAACUGGGGGACACCAGUGAGCUUCAGAGUUUUAUUGACAAUCUGGACAAGGAACUUGCAGAAAUGUAAGCCCAGGGAAUCCAAUCAGGCCAGAGCGUGCUGCUCGCUGCCUGUCCACCACCGGCAGAGAGGAGGCCGCAAAUCCCCAUCGCCCAUUAAAAACAGUCCCAUCCCUCCCCCGCUUUGGGUGAAAGGUCAAAAGUAGCCAGUAAAGAAUAUGACACAAUCAAUCUCUUGGUCUCUGACUGAAAGGAGAGUCGGACAAGUUCCCCCGAGUCCUUGAGAAGGGGACUUGGCUGUGAGUGAAGCUGCGAAGUGACUAAAUCCUCUUCUAAUUAAAAUGUGUGUCUGAGCUGAUGAGGCCCUGAGUUUGCAUAGCACACAUCUCCAUCAGCAGACUCAUAAUUAGUGCGAAAAACCUGGCGUCCUGCCGAUUGUCGGAAAAUGGAAGGGCUUUUUAAUUAUGAUGUCUAAUAAAUAACUGAGUUGCAGUGGUUUUAUAUUUUAAAAAUCUGGGGUCAAAGAGGUGGGUCGAAACAAUAAAUACAAGUUUUACAGAAUUUGCUUUUGCGGAUAAAUCAAGACUGUAAAUGUAUUUUAGUGUGUUUUAUUACAUCAUUGGGGCCCUUUGUGAAAAAUGGUAUAAUUUUCCGUUAUACAGAAGUUGUAAAAUAUUGAAAAAGAAUAUUUUUUUUUGUAUCAGUAUGUACAGUGACUGACAAUGUUGAGCUGAUUGAUGCACAAUAUAUUUUUAUGGGAAUUUUAAAUAUGUAGUAUUAUAAUGACACUGAAUACCAUAUGGUGUCUUUUUUUAAAUUAAAUUACAUAAAUAAAAUAUUUACACCAUUAUUAUUUUUCAAUUAAAUUGUUUAAAAUGUGCCUAUUUUUUGAAUCCCUGCAUGUUUCUGGAAUGAUACUAUGGUAUAAACUUAGAUCCAUCUAUAUUAAUAAACUAACCAAUUCAUUUUCUUACUUUUAUUUCUGCAUUUUCUUAGGGGUGGCUGAUUAAACACCAUAUGAGAUAUAUA